AUGUUUGACUUCGAGGCGCUGGACGAAGCUGAUGCCAAGUCGCAGAAGGACAAAUUGGGCUUUAAACUGGAAGAAUUCGACGGAGUGGACACAAGGCUUGCUGGCAAGGUCGACACCUCCCUUCUUGAAAGACCUGCAAAGCAGGGUCAGGACACCCGGAGUUUGAAGAGCAUUCGGCCGGUUCACCGGACCCUCCAAGGUGGCCAGCGCGGGUCACGGAGUGCGGGGGCAUCACCGACCAGCGAUACAAACGCCUCCGACCGUGAGAACCUUCUCGUCCGUCGCGGCCACGCUGCCUGGAGAGAGCUGCGAUACCAAGAUGCGUUGGCUGACUUCCAAGAGGGAUCCGCCUUGGAGGCGGUGGCAGGGCCGUCAUCCCUGUCGCUGCUUUGCCUUCGAUUCUGCUUGGGCACCGACUUAGGUCACAUCAGUGGCCAUGAGGCUUGUAAAGCCAUGGCAGAAGGCAUCACCCAACUUUGGUGUCUUUGCAGAGAAAGACAUGCUCGUCAACUGCGGAUUCUGAGACCUCGGAAGUCUAUGUGGGACGAGGACCAUGAUGUCCGAUGGGCUGCUGAAAACAUACAGCUUUUCGAUGGCAGCUGCAGUGUAGGGGAAGGAGCAGAUCCCGCAGAAAUUGGCUACCGCCUACUCAUGAAUCGGAGGGCAAAGGCAACUCACAACACCCUCUUGAUCCUGUAUCAUGGCAAUGGCGAGAUUUGUGAAGACUACACAGACUGGGCAGACAUCUAUCGAGUCUUUCCGUGCAGCAUGCUGAUUUUCGACUAUCGCGGCUAUGGCUGGUCAUCGGGGAAGCCAACCAUGGCGAAUCUUCUCAGCGACGCGGAGCAGUGCAUGCAGAAGUUACCAGACAUCAUUCGACAGAAUGGCCUUACAUGGCCGUGGCCAGCUCCAGUUGUACUUGUAGGGCGAUCACUGGGCAGCGCCGUGGCCACGCAUCUCAUCGGCCUGAUGCCAGACAAAUUCGAUGGCCUGAUUCUGGACUCUGGCUUCGCAACGAGUGCAGCUGAACGCUAUGCUCAGCUGCUCUCAUGGUUGCGGGACUCUUCCGAGCAAGCUGUCGCGAUGUUCGAGGAGCUUUCGAAGCAAUUGCGGGCAUCUCUCCCGCCCGGAUGCAAACCUGGGCAGGAGAGCCUGCGGAUCCUGGGAAGUGAGGACUUCCUUCGAGGGUACCGGGGGCCGGUAUUGCUUCUGCAUGGGGAGCACGACUUCAUAGUGGGUCCGGAAAAUGCCAAGAGACACUUCGAUGCUGCCGUCCACGCAAGCCAGCGUGAACUUGUUAUGCUGGACGCUGACCACAAUACGCUCGCUGGUGUUCCCGAUUUCUGGAAGAAACAGAUGGAAUUUGCAAAGCACCUCGUGGACAGGAAGAUGGCUCAGAAAGAUUUGGACAGAACUCAAGCUGGAUGA